AUGGCUACCCGUUCUGCAAUGGCGAAGAUUGUGGGCCUGGUAGUGGGCUUAGCCAUGUUGGGCCGUAGUUUGGUAGCCGGCGGGGUCGUCGGGGCGUCCGGCCCAGAUUUUGUCCCUCUAUUUGUGUUCGGUGGUUCCCGUGGAGAUAGUGGAAACAACAAUUACUUGGACACGACGGUGAAGGCCGACUCGCCGCCUUACGGUAUCGACUCUCCCGCCGGCCAACCCACCGGCCGUUUCUCUAAUAACCGCAACCUGCCCGAUUUCAUCAGCGAAGCACUGAAGCUGCCGAGGCCUCCAUUGCCGUACUUGAGCCCACAGCUCGACGGGGAGAGGCUGCUUUACGGUGCCAACUUCGCUUCCGGCGGAGCGGGGAUCUUGAAUGACACCGGAGUCCAGCAAGGCAACAUAAUAACGAUGUCUGAGCAGUUGGAAGCCUUCCACCGAUACAAGGAUCAGCUGGCGGCCAUUGUCAUCGGAGGAAGAGAACAGGCUGAGCGACUAGUCAACGAGGGUGUGUUCCUCAUCACCGCCGGCGCCUUCGAUUUCGUCAACAACUAUUACCGGCUCCCUUUCUCGGCCCGCGCCAGCCAGUACACCGUCGCCGAGUUCGUCGAUCUCCUGAUCUCCGAGCUAUCCAAAAUCCUGCUGAGGCUGUACGAGCUGGGGGCUCGCCGGACGGUGGUGGUCGGGGCCGGCCCGUUCGGGUGCUGGCCGGCGAUAUUGGCAACCAUGGGCAGCGCCGACGGCGGGGAGUGCGACCCUGAGCUCCAGAACGCGGCGUCUCUCUUCGACUCGCAGCUGAAUCGGAUGGCCCGGCGGCUGAACGGUCGACUCGGUGGCGUUUUCUUUGUUGCUGCCAAUUCAGUUACAUUGGCCAACGAGCUCAUCGACAAUCCUGAGGCUUACGGGUUCACGGAGACGAAGGUGGCUUGUUGUGGACAGGGUCCUUAUAACGGACUAGGGAAAUGCACGUCGGCGUCGAAUUUGUGUUUGAACAGGGAUGAAUAUGUCUUCUGGGAUUCAUCCAAUCCUACCGACAGGUCCGUGGGGUUCUUUGCUGAAAACAUCUUGACUGGUCCUCCGAAUGUUAUCUUUCCCAUGAACCUCAAGUCCAUGAUGGCCGUGGAACACUAG